AUGCUCAAGUCGUGGUUCUCGUCGCGCAUCGGCGGCGGCAACACGAAGUAUAUGUUCCCGACUGUCGACCCGCAAGAAGACGGCCCAGACUGUCUCCGCGACUGCGCAGACUGCACCGUGCAGUACCCUAGCAAAUUCCACGUCGACUCCGAACGCAAGAUCUACGGCAAGGUCAAGCCUUUUGCGACGCAUGUCCUCGUGGCAACUGGCAAAUCCGACUGGGUGUCCAAGCCUGCCUCGGAAAGGGGCACGCUAGUGCAUGCGCUAAAUGAAGCGCCGACCAAGUCGGGCAGUGAGGGUCUGAUGGUGAAUGUCUCGAAUCUCACUACGCACAAGUACAAGAGCAGCGAUAGUAGUGAUGACAGCAAGGACCCUGCAACGACCCUCUUGCUGCUACCAUCGUUCGAGUUUGUCGACAAUGUCACCAUCUCAUCAGUGCCCGAAUUCAUGUCGCGCUUUGUCGACAAGGCUACCGAGACACCAUCACCAUCAUCACAACUAACAUCACGCCCCUGCGGACACGACUAUGUGGUCCUCCUCUGCUCACACAAACGGCGAGAUGCCCGGUGCGGAAUCUCUGCGCCGCUAAUAAAAAAAGAGUUGGAAAGACAUCUCCGUCCAGCCGGUCUUUACCGGGACACAGACGAUGAUCGACCUGGUGGUGUAGGUAUCUACUUUGUCUCGCAUGUUGGCGGACACAAGUUCUCGGCCAAUGUAUUGGUGUAUCGAAAGCACGAUGAGCAGUUGAUCUGGCUGGCGCGUAUUCGUCCUGAGCACUGCGAAGGCCUUGUCAAGUACACCAUCUUGCAGGGCAAGGUUGUACACCCAGAGUCUCAGCUACGAGGCGGGUUCGACAAUCAGCGUGGUGUGACUAGUUGGUAG